AUGUUGACCCUAGGAAUUUACAGAAGAGCACUCACUAGAAGCCUACCAAGGGUGAGAUUUAAUUCAACCUCGUCAUCAACUAAUGGAUUAUCAUGGGUCGAGUACUUUCAAUUGAAGAAGCAAAAUAAUAGAAUCAAUGCCGUUAGUGGAAUUUUCACCGGUUUAGGGGGAGCAAUGUUGACCCUCACUUAUUUAGGAAACAUUGAAAUUGAUCUUGAAAAGCCAAUGUUUGGGUUUGAUCCACUCAUGGUUAUGGGAGGUGGAGUAAUUGCUGGUGGUCUACUUGGUUAUUUGUUGGGACCAGUGGUGGGACAAGUUGUAUUCAAAACGUUAAACAGAUCAAAGUUGAAAGCAUUUGAUGUGAGAAAUAGUCAAUUUUUGUCAAGGUUGAAGGUGAAAAGGCCCGAUCCCUCGAGUCAAAGUUUUUCGAAUCCUAUCCCUGAUUACUAUGGUGAAAGGAUUUACUCAUUGAAGGACUAUAGGCAAUGGUUGAGGGAUUGUAAUGCUUUUAGAAGAAAAGCUAAAGAAUUUAUUUGA